AUGUGCUACGGCGCGACCUGUCCCACCUGCUCGAAGAAGUCGUGGCGUGGCUGCGGCAGCCACAUCCCCUCGGCUCUUUCAGGGAUCCCCGAAUCCAAGUGGUGCGACUGCGAACCUCGGGUCGUCGUCAACGGCAAGGCGUACCCUCCAGCGGCCAAAUUUGAGAUUCCCGGCGCAUCAUGGAUUAGCAGCUGGUUUGGAGGCGGCUCUGCGGCGCAGGGAAAGGGCAACAACAAGGAUGACCUGUAG